AUGUCGUCCUUCUUCAAGCCCAACAAGCAUCGCAAGGGUGGCUUUUCCAUCAAGCCCAAGGGUGCCACCAACAACCGCCUUCGCGAUGCCCUGCAGCUCGUGGACAGCCAGUCCGGCCUUGCUGGCUCUCCCGCUCCGGAAGCUGCUGCUUCUGCCUCCGCCUCGGGCGUGGUUGCCCCCUCGCGCAAAAGCUGCCCCAAUCCUCAGUGUUCCAACCCCUCGGCCCGCAUUGAGGACGGCUUCUGUACCAGCUGUGGACGUGAGGUCGAGCGCGAUAACAUCGUGAAUGAGGUCUCGUUCGGGGAGAACGCAGCUGGCGCUGCCGUUGUUCAGGGGAGCUACAUGGGCGCAGACCAGACUACCGUCCGUCCCAUGGGUCCUGGCAUGCGACGCAUGGGAGGUGUCAUCGGCGACUCUCGGGACCGCGUCGUGCGCGAGGCCAAGACGAUGAUGCAGCAAUAUGCCCAGCAGCUGAAGCUCUCCGACACCGUCGUCAAUGAGGGCGUUCAGAUCUUCAAGCUCGCUCUCAGCCAGAAUUGGAUCCAGGGCCGUGGCAUGAUCAAGGUCGUCCCCGUCUGCCUGUACGCCGCCUGUCGUCGUCAGGACACCUGCCGUGUCAUGCUCAUCGACUUUGCCGACUUGGUCAAGGUAAACGUCUACGAGCUCGGCCACGUCUUCAAGGCCCUUAACGACAUUUACGACUUCAGCCACAACAAGAUCAAAUCCAUCAUCCCCGAGGAUCUCAUGUACCGUUUCUGCGACCGUCUGGACUUCGGCGACAUGACCAAGGAUGUUGCCGAGCUUGCCGCUCGGUUCUGUCAGCGUAUGGGCCUUGAUUGGAUGGUCAUGGGCCGUCGUCCGUCAGGCAUCUGUGGUGCCUGCAUCUUCUUGGCAGCUCAGGUUUGGGGUUUCCGGCGCACCGUGAGAGAGAUUGUCUACGUCGUCAAGGUUACGAUGCAUACCAUCGAGCAACGCUUGGACGAGUUCAAGGUCGUGGAGAGCAGCGAGCUGACGAUUGAGGAUUUCCUCAAGCAAGAAUUGCUCGAAUCACGCCACGACCCCCCUUCAUUCUACCGAAAGCAGGCCGAGUAUCUCGAGAAGAUGGAGAAGCGCAGAGAGGAGGGCGGACACAAGCGGAAGCGGGUGAUCCAGGAUAUCGAUGGCGACGAGGAUGCAGCCAGCGCGACAAACAGCAGCCCGCGCACAACCCCCUCGUCCAGCCGUGCGGCAAGCCAGGCGAUGCCGCCACCCCCCCUGCCACUGCCCGACAUGUCUAAGCGGCCUCAGGUGUCCGAGUUUCUGAAGAAGUCGUUCGAUCCUGUCUCCCGAGAGACAAUCAUCGAAGCAUUUGAUCCUGAUAACAUUCCUGCCCCUGCUCCGCGCAUCACCAAUGGCAAGGACGUCGAAGAGGGCGUUGAUGCGGAUGACCCUACCGGUGAGGAGGCCAUCGAUCACCUUGCAGAGACGUAUGCCGAGGCUGAGGCUGCGGUUGAGGCUGAGGCCGUGGCAGCCGAGGAAGAGGCAGCAACAUCCAAUGGCAGACGUCGACGUGGCAAACGUGCCCAGCAAGAGCCACUACUCACCUUUAAUGAAGAGUGGGAAGAGGAAGAGGCCGUAUUGGAGAAGCAGAUUGACGAAGUCAUCAGUGACCCCAGCAGCGAUGAGCAUCGGAAAGCUCUAGCCACGGCUGCAUACCACGCUCGUGUCAAGGCCGCUUGGGCUCGCUCCCAGCUGCCAGCCCAAGAACUUAAAAUGGACGAGGUCAUCGACCCAUCAGAGUUCGCCGACGAUCCCGAGGUUGAGAACUGCCUGCUUAGUCGCGAGGAGAUUGAGAUCAAGGAGCUAAUCUGGCUCAAUGCGAACAAGGACUGGUUGCGAAAGCAACAAAACAAGCUCUUCGAAAAGGAGAUGGAACAGCUGGGGCCUAAGAAGAAGCGGCGCAACCGCCUCAAGAAACCCCGUAUCGGAGAAGGCCAGCUCACACCUGCAAGUACCCCUGGCGAGGCCGCCGUCGCGACUAUGAAGAAGUUUACUAUGAGUUCACGGAUCAAUCUCGACGCCAUCAAGAACCUCUUUGGAGAGGACGGACCAGCGGGACCGGGCAGUGUCGCCCAAAGCAGCUAUGCGGACAGCGAGUAUGCCGAAAGCAUAGCCGGUGAUCAUCCCAAGCCGAAGCAGGCGCCUUCUGCCCCCAAGUCGAAGGACCCUGAACAGCAGGCUGGCGAGGCCGAGGAGGAAGAGGAAGAGCCCGAGGAACACGAUAUCUACGAUGACGACAACGCCUACGACGAGUACGACGAGGGUGACGAUGAAGAAUGGUACUAG